AUGGCUAGCAAAGAGGGCAGCCCACCUUCCUGGUCACUAAAUGCUGACGAAAUAACUAGUGAUUAUGCUGCUGACGGCCUGGACGAAUUGUCUUCAUCGCUCUGGGACGAUUUAAAUGGGAUAUCGGACUUGCCAUAUUUGAACAAUAUUGAUGAAAUGUUGUCAGUACCACUUACGGACAACAUGAGCGGCGGCGUUACGCUUCCACUGCCAUUACUCGAUUUCCCCAUUGACCCAACCUUUCAAACAUCUAGCACUGAAUUACUCGGUACUUAUCGAGAUCCAUUCCAAGCAACAUUUAAUGAAAGCGAUACACAACAAGCUUAUGAGACCUAUUCUCUCAUCUCGAAUCCUCAGCAACCAAUAGCAGACAACUCUGACUGGCACCAAAUGCAGUUUGCACCGUACAUGAGCUCAUCGACUGGAGUCUACUUCCCUCCAUUAUCUCCCAUCACACAAUCUCCCACUAGCACCGCCGACUUCAUAUCAUCCCCCACGCAAUCUUCCACUACCAAUACCUCAAACUCAAUACUUCAAUCAACUUCAAACUCAACCGCAUCCUCAAGUGAUCGAUCAUCAUCUGACUCACCGCCAAAUGAACAAAACGAAUAUACUUGUACAAUUUGCAGCAAAACAUUCUCCAAGCGAUUCGAAUUCAAUAAACACACGCCCCUCCACACUCUCCCCCACACCUGCACCCUCUGUCCCCACCGCACAGCCCGUAGAAGAGACAUGACUCGGCACAUGGCCGCCAAACACAAAGAUGUCGGUCCCUCAGGUCGAAAAUCUGUAUCGAAACCUACUUGUCCUGUGGAGGAAUGUAAGCGUAGUUUUGCGAGACCGGAUCAUUUGCUUAGACACUUGAGGCGAAAACAUUCUGGAUAUGAGUUGAGAUCUUGA